UCCGCCUCCGCCGCCAUGUACCGCGCCGCCCGGGCCUCCCUGCUCCUUCCCCGCGCCGCCCUUCCGCGCCCGGGUCCCGCGCACCCCCGGCCUCGGCGCCGCCCGCCCGGCGCCCGCAUGGCCAGCCAGAACGCCUUCCGCGUAGAAUACGACACCUUCGGCGAACUCAGGGUCCCGACCGAUAAGUAUUACGGAGCCCAGACGGUGAGGUCCACCAUGAACUUCAAGAUAGGCGGCGUGACGGAGCGGAUGCCGAUCCCGGUCAUAAGGGCUUUCGGCAUCUUGAAGCGAGCGGCCGCCGAGGUCAACCAGGAUUACGGUCUCGAUCCAAAGAUCGCCGGCGCGAUCGUGAAGGCGGCCGACGAGGUGGCGGCCGGGAAGCUGAACGAGCACUUCCCGCUUGUGGUGUGGCAGACCGGCUCCGGGACGCAGACCAACAUGAACGUGAACGAAGUCAUCAGCAAUAGGGCCAUCGAGAUGUUGGGGGGCGAGCUGGGGAGCAAGAAGCCGGUGCACCCCAACGACCACGUGAAUAAAAGUCAGAGCUCGAACGACACGUUUCCCACGGCGAUGCACAUCGCGGCCGCCACGGAGGUGCACGGGGUGCUGCUCCCCGGCCUGCGGAAGCUGCGGGACGCCCUGGAGGCCAAAUCCCGAGAGUUCGCGCAGAUCAUCAAGAUCGGGCGGACCCACACGCAGGACGCCGUCCCCCUGACCCUCGGCCAGGAAUUCAGCGCCUACGUGCAGCAGGUGAAGUACGGAAUGGCCCGGAUCCAAGCCGCCCUGCCGAGGGUGUACGAGCUGGCCGCCGGCGGGACGGCCGUGGGGACGGGGCUCAACACCCGGGUCGGCUUCGCGGAGAAGGUGGCCGCCAAGGUGGCCGCCCUCACGGGGCUGCCGUUCGUCACCGCGCCCAAUAAAUUCGAGGCCCUGGCGGCCCACGACGCUCUGGUGGAGCUGAGCGGCGCCAUGAACACCGUCGCCUGCAGCCUGAUGAAGAUCGCCAACGACAUCCGCUUCCUGGGGUCCGGCCCGCGCUCGGGACUCGGGGAGCUCAUCCUGCCCGAGAACGAGCCCGGCAGCAGCAUCAUGCCAGGGAAGGUGAACCCCACCCAGUGCGAGGCCGUCACCAUGGUGGCGGCCCAGGUGAUGGGCAACCACGUGGCCGUCACGGUCGGGGGCAGCAACGGCCACUUCGAGUUGAACGUCUUCAAGCCGAUGAUGAUCAAGAACGUGCUGAACUCGGCGAGGCUCCUGGGAGACGCCGCCGUCUCCUUCGCCGACAACUGCGUGGUGGGGAUCCAGGCCAACACGGAAAGGAUCGACAGACUGAUGAGCGAAUCUCUGAUGCUGGUGACGGCGCUCAACCCCCACAUAGGCUACGACAAGGCGGCCAAGAUCGCCAAGACGGCCCACCGGAACGGGUCCACGUUGAAGGCGACGGCGAUCGAGCUGGGCUACCUCACGGCCGAGCAGUUCGACGAGUGGGUGAAGCCCAAGGAUAUGCUGGGGCCCAAGUGAUGCGGACCCCGAGGGGGCCGCCGCCGUCUCGCAAUAAACCGGCUCACACGACGGUC